AUGAAUUAUCAACAAACAUUUGAUGAUCCCUUGAAGCUGACAAAACUUGCUUUAUUACUAUCAGGAAUAAACGUUAUCGAUAAAAACAUAUCAAAAGCAGCAAGACUAGCCAUAGACAGCUUAUUCUUUUUUAAUUUAGCGUGGCUAUACAUGGAUGUCAUUGCAGAAUUCUUCUGGUUGCUGGAUGGAUUACGUAUCGGUAAAAGUUUUGACGAAUUAUCUAUAAUAGCACCGUGUACCACGAUCUGUCUAUUAUCAAGUGCUAAAUCCACCGCACUGUAUUGCAAAGGAAAUAUCCUUAAAGCAACCGUUAAAAAAUUUAAAGAGAUUAACGAAGAUAUUGUGGAAUUAGCUAAUUUGGACGACGAUAAUAAAGACACUAAUGAAUCAGUGGGGACUAAGACCAAAGAUUAUGUUAACAGAGUGAAGGAUAGAGAUAUAAUUAAGAAAUCAGUAAAAACUCUACACAAUGUGAUUCUGAUAAUGAAAUGUUCAUCGGUAGUCGUUGUAUUAGUCUUUUGUUCUUUGCCUCUAUUGUCUAUGGCUUACGAUGUGUAUAACUACGGCGAAACAGUUAAAAAAUUACCGUUCCUUGUUAAAUACUUUUUUAAUCCUUUCACGGAGAUGAUGUGGCCUUUAGUGUAUUUUCAUCAGAUUUGGUCAACAAUAAUAUCAUGCUUCAAUGUGUUCGGACCUGACACGUUAUUCUACUCGUUCUGUAUGUACAUAAGUAUAAAUUUCGAUAUCCUGUCGCGACGGUUCACCGAUGUUGUGGCCGCUGAUGAUGAUGAAACGAGAAAGCGGCUGCGAGCUUGCGUGCUGAGGCAUCAGGAGUUGAUUGAGUUGGUAAACAAAGUGGAAGUCAUGUAUUCCCCGUCGACUCUCUGCAAUAUAAUAAUAAGCUCGUUUCUGAUCUGCCUCAGUGCCUUCAAUAUCACGUUCAUAAAUGAUAUCGGCGCCGUGUUCGCGUUCUUCACGUUUUUACUGAUGAGCUUUUCUCAGAUAUCACUUUUAUGCUACUUUGGUGAUAUGAUCAUGACUUCAAGUGUACAAAUAUAUCACGCGGUAUAUAAUUGUCAAUGGUAUUCCACCAGUUCUGACAUCAAGAGAAGUAUAUACAUUAUCCUUAUCAGAUCACAGAAGCCAUGUAAGCUGACAGCAGCCAACUUCGCCACUCUUAAUCUAAACGCUUUUACCACUAUAUUGAGUCGCUCUUGGUCGUACUUCGCUCUUCUCAGGACUAUGUAUAACUAAAUAUCUCAGGGAACACAUAAUUUAUAACAAUAACCAUUAAUAUCCACAGGUUUUUAAUAUCGUGUUUAUACAAUACCUGCUUGCUUACUGAAAAUUUUGGCUUGUUAUUUUAUCCACAACGUAGUUUUAGGGAUUUGAAUAUGAUCUGAACUGCUUCGAGAUAAGUAUGGUACGCUUGUUUUUGCUCGACGUGCCGGGGGCACUACUGUGGCCGCAGAAUUUUAAUAGAAUAUACUUAUACUUAAACAUACGUUAAUACAUAUAAACAUC